AAUCUACCAUGUCUACCAAACCGCUCGUUUUCGUCACCGGCAACGCCAACAAGCUGAGAGAGGUGAAAGCAAUUCUUUCCUCGGGCCACCCUAUUGCUAUCGAGUCAAAAUCACUGGAUCUGCCUGAAAUCCAGGGAACCACACAGGAAGUGGCGAUCGAGAAAUGUAAACGUGCAGCUGAACUGAUUGGUGGGCCAUGUAUCACGGAAGAUACUGCACUUUGCUUUGAAGCGUUGAACGGACUUCCCGGUCCAUACAUCAAAUGGUUCCUUGCAGAUCUGGGGCACGAAGGACUCAACAACAUGCUCGCAGGAUUUCCUUCCAAAGCUGCAUGGGCCCUCUGCACAUUUGCCUACUCCUCUGGACCUGGAGCCGAAGUAAAAUUAUUCGAAGGUAGAACAAACGGACGGAUUGUUCCCGCCAGGGGAGCAGCAAAAUUCGGGUGGGACCCUGUCUUCGAGGCCGAGGAAACGGGGAAGACAUACGCAGAAAUGGACGGAGAGGAGAAAAACAAAAUCUCUCACCGAUAUAGAGCUUUAGACAAGUUGAGGGAGUAUCUGAAGAGUAUAGACGCGUGAACUUUGCCCUCUAGGGAUAGAGGCUUUUGAAGUCGUAUGCUGAUUGGAUUGAUGCUUAUUUGUGAUAUAAUGGCUACAUGAUUAGUAUGCUACAAUUGCUACAGAAGAAACAUAACUUGUAAACCGUGUCAUCUAAAAGAAGCCCAGCCUCCCGACCCAGAUUGGGCCCCCCAAAGCUGUGGAUGAUAUCUUCAGCAUACCAAAGCUAUCGAACACCAGACGACCAUAGCGCCAAUCGGACCCGCCAUAAACUGAGCCGGCAACAACACACUUUCGCCCCUCGCCGCCGCCUCCUCCACCAAAUCGAACUCCUUCUCGAUCAACGACGCAUCACAACCCCACCCCAACUUCCCGAUCUUCGUCCCAAACUCUCCCGGGUUCCAACCCUCGCGCCUCUUAUCAUUGAACGCCGAACAUGUCUCUCUGUCCUUCGUCACGAAGAUCCACCAGUCGUGUCCAUAGUCGUACGUGACGGGCCCGUCUGCGCCAUCGAGGAUGGCCGCAGAUUUCGUGAAGAGGAAUGCGAUGAGGCCUACAGCCUGGACCGCGUGCAUGAUCUUCGUGAUAUCGCCGGUGCAGGGCUUAAGAAAGACGCAGAGUUGGCGGGGAGAUCUGUUCAGAACGAAUGAUAGAUAGUUCCAGGGUCUCUUGGAAGCGUUCCCGAGGGGUGUACGACGUGUCAUUGAAACGUCGGUACUUGCACUCGAACGAGUAGUUGGGCAGAUUGUCGGAGCAAGUUCGAAGCGGGGACGAGGUUCGCGAACGAGUCGCUGAGUCGGGUCCGGGAGAGAGAUGGAGUCGACAUCGUCAGUCUGCUGGAGCAACGGCGUGGGAGACCUGCGGAAUGAUGGAGUUGACUCCCGCGAGUUAGCGAUGGAUGGGACCGUUGGCGAUCCAGGGUGGUUGGACGACGACAACCAAUUUGAGACCCCCGAAGACAGCGGCCAGUUGACUUGGCGGGGAGCUCGUGGUGGGGCUUGGGUUGGCAGGUCACCGGCAUCCUCAUCGUCCUCCUGCUGAAUAGUUGCUAGUAAACUUCCGUCCGUUUCGUGGUAGUCCUGGAUGAGGCGAACGCGUUCCGCCGAAUCCGAGGCAGAAGCAUCGUCGAAUAGGCCCUGAAGUCCAUCGUGAUAGUGAAAGUCUCCGACUGGAAGCAAGUGGGGGACAACGUCGAAGUCGCCCUGCGUUCCAUGUGGGGUUAUUGGGGGUGGGAGAGAACAGUGACUGCUUGUAGGCGAAGGGAAUGGAGUGGGUGUGCGCGAACGACAGCUUCUAAAGCUUUCGUUGAGACAUUCUUGGCUUGUUGAACCAUGAUUAGAGGCAGAACAGGGAGUGGAGGUGUGUGGACGGUGAUUUCUGAGCUGAUCGCGAGCCUCCCGGACUUGGUCCUGGAUGGAAGGAGAUCGGAUGUCGCCAGCGUAAGGUAACAGACUGCGAACCUCACGGCAAUGCUCUAGGGCGUACCGUCGUGGGCUGGGCUGGGAGUAAGGAAGAUUGCGAAUGGCUAGAGGCUUGAUUGGCAUGGGUUGGACGAAAGCAACGAUUUUCGAGGUUUCGCCGCGAGCGAGAGGAGAGGACGAUUGUGGUGAGCGAGGGGCAGGGCCGUACGGUGAAAAGCGGGUAGGAGGGCGAAGGAUAGAUUUGGGAGGCGCCCUAUGAGGGAGCGUCUGGCGUGUGGUUGUCGGUGAUCCAACAUUGCCACCGUUAUCCAAAGCACUAUCACCGUCUGAAUCUAGUGCGUCGUCGCUACCGGAGGACGUCUCAUCAGCAACUUGAACGACACCUCGAUGGGGGAAGCCGCCCCUGAAGUUGUGCGUUCUGGUAAAUGGCCCUCUCCGGGAAAGAAGUCCAGACAUGUCAUUGAUUGAUUGUAGGUGGACGUUCCCUUCUCCUCUGUCGAUUUGGCUGGAGUGUAUAGACUCGGGGGAUAGCGGUGGGGAUUGAUAUAAGGUGGGUUCAUGAGGCAUUUCAGAUAGAGUCCGGUCGUCAAGACGGUCCUGAUAGUCGCGCAGUGUAGGAAAUACCUCUCCAGGAGGGUACAGGUAAGAGGAAGAUGUGUUUAGUUUGUGAAUACAGUGAUCUGAAGGAGUGUGAGAAGUCGCCAAAGAUGUGCAGAGCUAGCAGUAUGAUUAAGAGAGAGACUCGAGAGUGUAUUAGCGACUUUCGGCGUCAGCUCUAGGUCAAGAUGAAGUGGGUAUCAGAGAAGAGAUGGUUGGCGUUGACUCGUCGCAGGCUCGAAUGAUAAGGUAUCAAGAUCAAAUGGAAGCUACAGAACAAGCGCGCUAACAGUUUCGCAAAAGUCUCACACUAUUGUGUCAGUGUCAGUCCGUUCAGUGUU